AUGUCCUUUCCCGCCUCAGGCUCGUAUUACACUUUUCACCUCGACCCAGUCGCGUCCCUGCAAGACAUAGAAGACGAGGAAGUCAUCAAGGCCGCUCGUGAGAUACAGACGAACGUAUAUGUGGCCUGCACAAUCGGGAAUGUUGGCGUCCCUCGACCCCCGCCGGCAUACGAAGUGGCAACCAUCUCUCUCGUUCAGAAAGGGCUCCCAGCUAACAGCCCGGAAGACUACUUCGAGUCUCGGAUGUGUGUUCCUAUCCGACCGAAUACUCAACACCCGGAGGGCCGCAGGCCUGCUUAUUGCUGCCACCCACUGCUUUGGGAUGGAUGCUAUCACACCGCGCGUGCGGACGUGCGCAUCAGGACCAAGAACCGGCCCAUCAAUCCUCCUCAUUCUCUGAGCCCUAGGGAACGUGUAGCGCUCAGUUCUAUGCUCAGGGAUGACGAGGAGCGACGAGUGUGCUUGCGUGACUGUGCCGCGAAGGGAAUCCCGCCUCCACCGGCUGCUUCUAGCGACAUGACGCUCGCCAGUGCUCGGGCAGCCGACAGAGAAAUUUGCGACACUCCUUACUGGGAGAUUAUGAACGCAGAGGAAGAAGCCGACCGCUUAGCAUGGGGAGACGCGGACAGUGCGUAUUCCGACGCUACCAGUUACUCGGGUGGGGGUGACGACGAUGCAUCCUCGUCUGGUUCGGCGCAUACCGGUGGUGACGCGGAGGAUGGCACCGCAAUGGACGCACAAGCUGCCAACGCUGUGGCAGAGGUCGAGGACGACAUCCUCGCCGCCCUUACUUAUCGCGCGGACCUGGGAAAUACCUCGCCCGUCAUCGUGCCGCUCUCGUACGACCUGAGCACCUUGUCCGCGCCCCCUUCACCGACUGGGUUCUUGGAAGAGUUGAAGGCGAUCAAGGAGAUACGCUCGGACUACGAAGAACGCGUGCGACGGCUUAAAGAAGAGGUCCAGCGACGCGACGACGAGUACAUGGCAGACAUCCAAGCGCGCCGUACCGAAGAGCCUCCGGUUCUACAGUCCAGGUGGCCGCUUCUGGGAGGCUUCGUGCCAUUCACUAACAAAGUGAAGGCACGCUUGGGUGCGUUCGACGCGCUCUCCAGCUUUCUUCUUACCCUCACCAUGUCCUUUCCUGAUUCAGGCUCGUAUUACACUUUUCACCUCGACCCCGUCGCGUCUCUGCAGGACAUAGAGGACGAGGAAGUCAUCAAGGUGGCCCGCGAGAUACCGACGAAGGUCUAUGUGGCCUGCACAAUUGGGAACGUCGGCGUCCCUCAGCCCCCGCCGGCAUACGAAGUGGCAACUAUCUCUCUCGUUCAGAAAGGGCCCCCAGCUGAAAGUCCGGGAGACUUCUUCGAGUCUCGGAUGUGUGUUCCUAUCCGACCGAAUACUCGACACCCAGAGGGCCGCAGACCUGCCCAUUGCUGCCACCCACUGCCUUGGGAUGGAUGCUAUCACGUCGCGCGUACGGACGUGCGCAUCAGGACCGAGAAUCGGCCUAUCAAUCCUCCUCAUUCCCUGAGUCCUACUGAAUGUGGAGCGCUUAGUUCUAUGCUCAGGGACGACGAGGACCGUCGAGAGUGCCUACGUGACUGUGCAGCGAAGGGACUCCCCCCUCCACCCGCUGCCCUUAGCGCAAUGUCGCUCGCGGGUGUUCGUGCGGCCGACAGAGAGAUCUCCGACAUACCACACUGGCAGAUUAUGGACGCAGAGGAAGAAGCCAACCGCUUAGCAUGGGGGGACGCCGAUAGUGCAUUCUCCGACGGGGCUCACUCGGGUGAGAGUGACGAUGAUGCGUCUUCGUCUGGUGCGGCGCACACCGGUGGUGACGCAGAGGACGGCCCCGCAAUGGGCAGCGCUCAAGCUGCUGAUGGUGUUGCUGAGGUCGAAGACGACAUCCUCGCUGCCCUCACUUAUCGUGCGGACCUGGGCAACACUUCGCCGGUCAUCGUACCGCUCUCGUACGACCUGAGCACCCUCCCCGCACCUCCUUCGCCGACAGGGUUCAUGGAAGAGUUGGAAGCUAUUCGGAAGAUACGCUCGGACUAUGAGGAACGCGUGCGAAAGCUCAAAGAAGAGGUCCAGCGCCGCGACGACGAGUACAUGGCGAACAUUCAAGCGCGCCGUACUGAAGAGCCUCCGGUACAGUCCAAGUGGCCGCUCCUGAGCGGCUUCGUACCAUUCACAAACAAAAUGAAGGCGCGCUUGGUGACUCUACGCAGUAGGUCUGCGUUGCCGGCGAGCACCUCGCCGUCGAAGGUAAAGCCAGGGAAGUUGAGGUUGUUGAUGUUCUCGUCCGUUUGGAAGCGCUCGAGGUCGUGA